AUGCCCACCAAGCGGCCAGGCGUGAUCACCGGCGUCCCUUCCAGCAGCUACAAGAACGACGACAUGUCGCAGAACUUGGAUGCAGAGAUGGCCGCAAUCGAGGCCGAGGCAAGGGGGCGACUGAGCCGCACCCGCCGCUCCGACGUCGCCGCUUUGCAACCUGCUUCCCUGACUCUCGCCCUGCCGUGCCCAUCACUGCUGCUGCUGCAGGUGGGCGAGCUGGAGCUCAUGAUGAUGGAGCAGGAGCAGGCUGGCAGCGACGACGGCGAGCAGAGCAGUGAUGCCCCGGCAGAGCAGGCGGCCGUGGAGGAGGAGGUGGCCGAGCAGGCCGAGGGGGCCGCCUGCAACGAGGCGGGUGCUGAGGAGGAGCCCAUCGCCGAGUCGGCCGAGGCCGAGGGUGAGGAACCUGCCUGCGCCGGCAGCCCUCACGUCCUGCUGGAGGCGGCUGCCCCGGAGGCGGGUGCUGCAGAGGAGCCGGGCGCCGAGGAGCCUGCCGCUGCCGACGCCUCCAGCCCGCCGCCCGAGGCUGAGCCCGCCGGCAAGGGCCCCGCAGCGUCUGGUGCUGCCAGCGGCGUCAAGAAGCCGGCCGUCGGCCUCAAGCGCAAGGGCUUUGCGGCCCCCAGGGCAGCUGCUACCAGCGGCGAGCCCAAGACCGCUGCCACUGUGCCAGCCAAGUCGGGAGCAGCUCCCGCCAAGGUGGCAGCGGUGCCCACCAAGAAGGCCAAGCCCGCGGACGAGGCGCAGGAGAAGGAGAACGUGGACAAGCAGCCAGAGACCAAGCAGGCUGAGCCCAAGGCAGCUGCCGCCAAGCCCAAGGUGGCGGCCGCAGCCAAGACCAAGGCCACGCCCAAGCCCAAGCCCACGGCAGCAGCUGCCGCUGGCAAGGCUGGUGUGGCUGAGGAGGGCGGGGAGGCGGCUCCCAAGGUCAAGCGCCCGCUGAAUGCCUACAUGCAAUACGUCAACGCCAACCGCGGCCAGGUCAAGGCUGACCACCCCGAGCUGGGCAACAAGGAGCUGACCAGCAAGCUUGGGGAGCUGUACCGUGGGCUGGGUGCUGAGGAGAAAAAGAAGUAUGAGGAUGCGGCGGCGGCAGACAAGCAGCGGUACGUGGAGGAGGUGGAGGCGGCGGGGCCGCAGCCCAAGAAGGCCAAGGGGCCCAAGCUGCCGCACACCAAAUCAGCCUACCAGCUGUUCACGGCGGAGCGGAUGCCCGCGAUCAAAGCCGAGAACCCCAAGGCGGGCAUGCCCGAGAUCAGCAAGCUGAUGAGCGCGGCCUGGAAGGAGUGCUCCGAGGAGGACAAGGCGCCCUUUGUUCAGAAGGCCAAGGAGCUCAAGGCGGAGGCCAAGGCGGCAGCGGCGGCUGGCGGCAGCGCUGACGGUGAGGAGGCGGCUGAGGCCAAGAAGAAGAAGCGUGCAGCGGGCGGCGGCGAAGGCCCCAUCCGCAAGCGUGCCAAGGCCGGCACAGGUGGCAAGAAGGCUGCUGCCGCGGCUGCUGAGGACGCCGAGCAGGAUGAGGAGGGGGAGGAGGUGGCGCCCGCCUCCAGCCAUGAGGAGGAGGCAGGAGGGGAGGAGAGCGAUGACGAAGAGGAGCGCAUGGCGUGCGACUGGGGGAGCCACCCCGCGGAGUACAUCCUGUCUGAGACCUCCACCGGCAAGUACCUGGUCAUGCGCCAGGGGCUGGGCUUCACCGAGUACGGCCUGGUGGACGCGGCGGCCGCCAAGGCGCAGCGCCUGGGAGCUGCCCCCGGCGCGCCUGCCUGCCCCGUGCCUCUGGCCAUGGUGGAGGAGUACGAGGCCUUCAAGAAGGACUUCAGGCGGGAGAUUCACGAUAACCUGGACGGCGGCGAGCUGGUGCUGGACGACCUGCCGCGCGGCUCGGUGCUUGAGAGCUGCCUUCUGCUGGGCCAGCUGCGGCGCCCCACCUAUGAGCUCAACCGCGUGCCCAAGAACGACACCAAGAUGGCGGUGCCGAUGCUGCGCAUGUGUGCUGUGGUGCAGCGCAUGCUGAUGGUGGAGCGCGGGCGCAGCCAGCAGAAAGAGCAGCAGCUGCUGGAGAAGGUGCGCGGGCUGGAGGAGGAGCUCGCCGCUGUGCAGGGGCAGGGCGCCAGCGGCAGCAGUGGCGGCCUGAGCAAGAUGGCGGCGGAGCUCAGCCCCAGCACCGCCAAGGCCGUGGGGGCGGAGGCUUAG